AUGUUAGAUCGAAUUGACUUAAAUGGGUAUAUAUGCUCUCACAAAUAAAUGCUUUUCAUCGCAAUCGCAGAAAACUGACGCGAGUGAUCGGCGCUAAGCACAGAAACGAGAGAGAGGGGAAUUCCGAUUAGCCGGAUUUGGGAAUUCCGAUUCACGUCCCUGGUAGCGGUUUCUCUACAGAGAUAGAAAUCAGAUCGAGUCACGGCCAGGGUUUUGGGGAUUCAAUUCAGCGUAAUACCGGAAUUCGGAUCAAGUUGAGGUUAUAGGGUUCGAAUUGGGUAGUUUGAUUAUAGGGGAAGGAUGUCAAGUGAGGCAGCUGGCCCCAUGGACGUUGACGAAGAGGUUUUGAAGCUCCAAGAGAAGGUUUGCAAAACUGUUGUUUAUUAUUCGAUCUCUAAUAUUACUACUAGCUAAGUAGCUAGAUUUCAUUAGAUUAUUAUGCAUUCACUUGUAACAAUUGGUGGUGUCAGCUUUGUCAAUGCCGACUCGAAAGGGAGCGGCUCUUGCAAGAGAAAAAGAGAUGGAGGAUCAAGGAGAUACUUGUGCAGCGGGGAAUAGAGAAAGUAGAAGAAAAACUCAGAGUUGAAAUAGAAUCGAAUUCGGGUGCAACAUCUGAAUAUGAACAAAAAAGGAAGACACUCGAGGAGGCCUUGGAGACCAAGAAGAAGAGUGUACUUAAGGUAUGAUUUCUUUGGACCAUCUCAUUAUGUUAAGUGCAAUAUCUGGUGCUAAAUAUGCUUGGACAUCUCAAGUUUCAACUUUCUGGUUUGAUGCUUUUUUGGCAGCUACGAACCGCUACCAAAGAGUUUUUUGAUGAUACUGAUAUGCCUUAUAUGGAAAUGGAAGCAGAACUAGAAAAGGAAAGGGAAGAGUAUGGUAGAAUGGUUGAUGAAUACGAAUACAUAACUGAUCGCUUAAUAGCACACAGACGUAUUGUGCGCAAGCUAGAAUCACAGUUACAUGAGGAACGGAACAACUUGCUUGCUUUUCUUGAGACUUGUGAGGAAAACUUAAAGAUCACUGAUGAUGUAAAACCUUUGCUCCAAGCCCACUAUGAUGCAUUUAUUAACACACUCAAGAGUGAUGACGAUGAUUGGGACUGGUUUAUAGAGGAGUUGUAUGAUGCUCUACAACUGGAUUCUGAUCACAACAGACAUGAGAUGUUUCCCAGGGUUGAUUUUAUAUCUCCAGUUUCUGCUGCAAUGUCAAAAAUUUUAAAUUUGUUCAGAAGAAAAAAGACGGAGUCCAGUGGUGCUUUUAUAUAUUACGUAAGUUCUACCGACAAAGAUGCUAAGCGUAAACAUCCUGUAAGAGGAAGAGAGGACGACAAGUUUGAACAUCCUGGCAAGCAUCAAUAUGAAAGAAGAUUUGGGAGUUUAUCAUAACAUAAAAAGAUGAUGUCUGUUUGCACUAUGUCGACUCUAGAUGGAACAAAAUGCGGAGGACAUUGAGAAUAUUGAAUUUUCUCAUAACAGUAACAUGUAGAAAUUUUAGCGUGUUUACCCUGAU